UCCCGAAAUCAAUAGAAACUGCCCUUGCGCAACUGUAAUGAACCCAGAAGUCCGGGGUUUAUAUGACGAGCGAUCGUCCUCUUCAGUCAACCAAAAAAAAGUUGCCAAAAUGUACCCGAAUAUAUUAAUCGGUUUUUGGUUUCGUGUUAAGUUCGAUUAAAAGCCAAAAACCAUUUUUGAAUUAAUUGAAAUGUCCGAAGAUAAAGCGGAUGGGUCUGGGUAUGAAAAAUUAGAAAGGAAUAAAGAUGAGCCUUUUUCGAGACCGAGGGCCGAAACGUUUAGUGAGUUGUCUUUACCAGAGGACAACUAUAAUUUGGUAUUCGUUUCUUUUAUUUUCGGAGGAAUCGGGUUUCUCAUACCGUAUAACAGUUUUAUAAUGGCCACUGAUUAUUUUAAAUCUCGGUUCCCAGACAGUCCGGUAGUUUUUGAUAUGUCUCUGGUGUACAUAGUAACAGCUUUAGUAACAGUAUUGGGGAAUAAUCUUCUAGUUGAUAUAUUUUCUAUGAAUUUUAGAAUCAAGUUUGGUUACCUCAUCUCAUUUUUUACUCUUACUUUUGUUGUAACGUUUGAAAUAUAUUGCGAUUUAGCGUUAAAAAUAGCCUCUUCAUAUACUGCCAAUUUGGUAGCAGUAGCAAUAGUAGCAAUAGGAUGCACAAUUCAACAAUCCAGUUUUUAUGGAUACACUAGUAUGUUGCCUCCCAAAUAUAUCCACGCUGUUAUGGUGGGAGAAAGUGUAGCAGGUGUAUUUACGUCCGUGUCAAGGAUAUGCACGAGAUUUUUUAUAAGAGAUCUACGUGUUAGUACCAUAACAUUCUUCAUGAUUUCCCUAUGUUUACUGGCGUUUUGUUGCAUUUUGUAUCCCCGCAUUCGAAAGUCUGAUUUUGUACAGUUUUACAUAAGCCUCUGUGAAAGGGACAAAACCAAGAUUACGUUGGAGCCAAGAGAAGAUGCCGGACUGGUAGAGGUGUGUGACUCAAGAUAUGGCGUAUUGAAAAUCCAAACGAGUCCUCCUGCAUCCUCAAAUAUCAUGAGCUUCGCAAAUCCAGUAUAUGAGCCGACAGAUCAGGGAGCCAGGCCAACAUACAAAGUUGAAGAUGUGUUGUUUACAGGAAGAAGAAGCAUUAGUGAAAAUAGUAGAAUAGGAUUUUCAGCAUUUAAAGAUGGUUUAAGAGCUAGAUGGAAUGUAACCAGAAAGAUUUAUCCUUAUAUGGUGUCGAUAUUUCUUGUGUAUUUUACAACAUUGUGCCUUUAUCCAGGUAUAGCAUCUGAAAUACAAAGUUGUUACAUGGGAUACUGGAUGCCGAUGCUGAUGAUGAUCGACUUUAAUUGUGCGGAUGCUAUAGGAAAAAUAGUUACUUCUACUUUCUAUUGGACGGGUUCGAGACUCCUAAAACUCUCAAUUGCAAGACUGAUUCUGAUUCCUCUGAUGGUAUUGUGCGUUAUGCCCUUCUGGCAUAGAGGACUGUCUAGUAACGAUCUGUUAUCGUUCACUUAUUCCAUCAUAUUGGGACUGAGCAAUGGGCUUAUGGGUAGUAUACCGAUGAUUCAGGCCCCUGCAAAAGUUUCAAGGUGCUACCGGGAACUUGCUGGUAACAUGAUGACCCUCUUCUACAUGUGGGGUUUAGCUACAGGUUCACUAGGAGCGUACUGCAUAGAAAAACUAAUAAAACCAAUUAAAGUGCACGAAUACUGUAGAUACGAUCGAGUUGAUACCAUCAAGUCAUAUUUACCUCAAAAUAAUACAUGGGAAGUCACAACGCUAUCAACAACUCCGUCUAUAUUUAUUACAACCAUAUUGUCUUCAUUGGCAACCAUAAACAACACGGAUACAACAUAAAACAAAAAAUGAAUUUAUUUUUGUUGUAAUUUUUUAUAUAUAGAUUCACUCCACAGGUUGGAU